GGCCAUUGGUGGGCCACCACUUACCACUGGGCUCCCCUACCUGGUUUCCCCAUUCCAAAUACUGAAGACGAAGACGAAAAUGUACAAAUUGACUCAUUAUCCCACGAUCCUAGUCAACGAACCAGCUCGGAAGAUGACCUCGACCCUUCACGUCCUCAACUCCUUCACCACCUGCAAAACGAUUCAUCAAUUCUUACUCUCGCUGUCGGGUCCAAAUAUAUCUAUGCGGGUACUCAAGAUGGAGAAAUCAUAGUCUGGUCCCUUGCAUCCUACGAACUCGUUUCGCGUAUCCAAGCACAUACCCGCAGCGUCCUCUCCCUUUUCCUUUCCGCGGACGGCAAACUUCUCUUCUCAUCUGCUGGUGACGCCAUUGUUAACGCGUGGUGUCCUACGACCCUAGUCCGAAAGUAUCACAUCUACAGCACUUACGACGUCGGCGAUGUAUUUUCCGUAGCCUAUUCCCCUCAAUUCGAGACAGUGUAUUUGGGAGCGCAAAACACCAGCAUACAAUGGGUCAGUUUAAGGGAUUCUGCGGCGAGACCUACCCCAAACCCGGAACGUCACCCAGAUAAGAGGAAUCAUCGAUUUUUUGAUAGUGUGCAGCAUGGAGGGACAAGUACACCAAGGCCGAGACAAGUUGCACGGGCGGCUGCGGAUCAGGGAGAUGUGUUGGAAAUUGACAAGGCGCAUAUGAAACAAUAUGCUCAUUUUGGCUAUGUCUAUUGUAUGCUCAUGGUUCGGGGCGUCUGCAGGCAAGUCGACGCGGAUGAGGAUAUGCUCAUUUCUGGUGGAGGAGAUGGGACAAUUAAGUUGUGGAAAUUGAGCAAUGAUCAAGACGAAGGGAUCAUUGAGAUUGAAAGACUUGGGGAAGAUGAUGCCGAAAGUGUCUUGAGUCUCGCGGUAGAUGGGAGUUUCCUGUACAGCAGUAAACUGGAAGGGGUGAUUGAGCUGUGGGAUUUGGACACGAGGCAGAAGUUGAGGGUCAUCAGGACGAAUAAGGGAGAUGUUAUGACGUUGCAAAUGGGCUGGGGUUAUCUUUGGAGUGGAGGAAGUACAGGACACGCUAGAAAAUACAGCACAGUACAAUAUGGACAAUACAAAACCUCGAAUUUCAGCCAAAAAUAUCAAUGCGUCAAGCGCUGGAAAGCACAUGAAGGAAGAAUCUUGGCUUCAGCAGUCACCACGUUCCAUGGUCAACAACUUUACAUAACUGGUGCAAACGAUUGUUCGGUCUCGAUAUGGGAUAUUACUGGUUGUGACACUGGCACAUAUCCGAAACACGAGUCGCUUCAGGACGAUCAACUCAUCAAGUCGUUGCAAGAUUUUGUGGCUUUCAAGACGAUUUCUGCAAGACCUGAUCAUGCCGAGGAUUGUCGACGUGGUGCUACGUUUCUCAGAACAUUGUUCAAGAAACACGGUGCGGUUACUGAAAUGCUAACCACCGAGGCUCAUCACAAUCCAAUUGUUUAUGCCAAGUUCAAAGGAAAUCCAGAGACGGCUGGAAAGAGGAAGAAGAUAUUGUUUUAUGGGCAUUAUGAUGUCGUGCCUGCGGAUGACAAGCAAAAGAAAUGGAUCAUUGACCCAUUCCACAUGAAGGGGGUAAACGGGUAUCUUUACGGACGUGGAGUGAGUGACAACAAGGGACCUAUCAUGGCUGCUCUUUAUGGAGUUGUGGACUUGGUUCACGAGAAAGCUUUGGAUUCCGAUAUCACUUUUUUGAUUGAGGGGGAGGAAGAGAGUGGAUCGAGAGGUUUCAAGGACGCUGUGAGGAAGCAUAAGGAAUUGAUUGGCGAUAUUGAUUAUAUCAUUCUAGCCAAUAGUUACUGGCUUGAUGAUGAGGUUCCUUGUCUGACUUAUGGCCUGAGAGGCGUCCUUCACGCCACUGUCAGGGUUAAUAGCAAACAUCCAGAUGUUCAUAGUGGAGUUGAUGGAAGUUUCAUGAUGGAUGAGCCACUUUUUGAUCUGACUGCUAUCUUGGCCAAACUCAAAGGGCUUCACAACAGGAUCCAAAUUCCUGGAUUCUACGAUGACAUCCUUCCUAUAACUCCAGCCGAAGAGGCUCGAUACGAUGAUAUUGUGUCAACUCUCCUCCGUCGCAACCCAGAACUUGGACCGGCCGAAAAUCUCAAGCAAUCAAUCAUGGCAAGAUGGAGAGAACCAAAUUUGACACUCCAUCGUUAUAAAGUCUCUGGACCAGAUGGUUCCCUUGUUUCAUCACAUGCUAGCGCGGCUAUCUCCCUUCGUCUAGUGCCCAACCAAGAAGUCGACGACGUCAUCAAAUCCCUUUCAAAGUUCCUCCAAGAUGCUUUUGCGAAGCUUGACACGCAUAAUCAUUUAACAAUAUCAAUCGACAACCAGGCAGAUGCAUGGCUUGGUGACCCUGAGAAUGAAAUCUUUAGGACUUUAGAGGAAGCGAUCAUGGAGGUUUGGGGACCGAUAACGAAUCACACGAGGAGGAGUAGUGUGCAGGGUCCUAAACAUGUCGAGAAAGAAAAGGAAAACUCACCUACGAGUCCAAUCAACGCAUCCCCAAGCCUUAAGCCUACACCAGCGACGACCACGAGUCUAACUGGGGGGAGUGACCACACAAGUUUGGCGACUGCACCGGUAGAUCUUGCAUCAUUAUCAUUAGAUGCAGAAGACAUUUCUGGCGAAAGACAUGAGAAAGAAAUUGAGGGGCUUGGGAAUGCAAAUGAUAAGAUAGAUUAUGGUAAAAGUAGAGAACGCAAGGGAUUGGGUGCCAAAAAUGGGACAGGGAGGGGAAGGAAACCAUUGUAUAUCAGGGAAGGAGGUUCAAUCCCUAGUAUUCGGUUUUUAGAGAAGGAGUUCGGAGCCCCAGCAGCACAUUUGCCAUGCGGGCAGGCGAGUGAUAGUGCGCAUUUAGUCGGUUGA